UCCUCCACAUCUCCACUCUCGCUUCUGCCUGCCUCCUGGUGUCAGAGCAUCGUAGCAAGCUAUUGCUUUGUGCCAAGGCAUUCAGGAGUCCUUGGCAGCUCCCUAGACCGUGGAGCUGUACCCCCAGCCUUGGUUCUUGUUAUUUCCUCCACCAGGAAUGCCCUCUCCCUAUACCAUGGAGCUGCAGACCCAGUGUGGAUGUCUCCAGCUUCGAGGCCCCUUUACCCCUUCCACUGGGCUGGGGCUGCGCUGGGAGGGUCCACAGGGACUAAACUCAGCUGCACUCAGUAGACAGUGGCUGGCUGACAGGGAAACAGCAGGGCCUAUGCGCUAGGAGACUGGUUAGCAGAGACAUAAUGCCUCUUCAGAUGUGUGGGCAGCUAUUCCGAGAUCUAAAUAGUAACAAUAAACAAGCACAGUAGACACCUUGUGUGCCUGUGCCCUUGGGAAGGCCAGGCUGCAUGUGUCCCUCCCUGUCACCUGCAGAUGACCGUGUGAGCCAGGCGAGGCCGUCCACAAUUUUCAUGAAGAAACCAAGUCACGGAGGCAUUAGUGCAUGGUCCUGGAGCCAGCACUUAGUGAACUAGGAUUUUGUCUCUGCUUUGUAAGCCUGAGCACUUUCCAAACAUCACAAUAAUUUAAAAGAAAAUAAACUGCUUACUUGGUGGAAGGUAAUGAGUUCCCUGUGUCUGAGGGCAUUCAAGCAGAGUCAGAAUGAGCUUCUCUUAGAGGCCUGCAGAGAGAAUCCUGCGCUGAGAAACAGGAUCUGCAGUUUGUGUGGCGGGGGUCCCCGUCCCUACGGGCACAGCAGGAGAUCUUCACACACAUCAUGGACCAGUACAGCUACUGCACCCCAUCCCACAUCCCUUUCUCCAACAGAGCCACCUCCAGAUGGAGUGUACCCCAACAUGAGUGAGCCAGUCACCCCAACCAACAUUGAGCUCUAUGCCGAGGCUCUGGCGGCAAACGUGAAGCAGCGGGCAGCCUGGUUCCAGACACCUCACGUCCUCUGGCCCUGGGGGUGUGACAAGCAGUUCUUCAACGCUUCGGUGCAGUUCAGCAACAUGGACCGGUUGCUGGACCACAUCAACCGCCAUGCUGACAAGCUCGGCGUCUCUGUGCAGUACGCGACACUGGGUGACUACUUCCGCGUCCUGCAUGCUCUCAAUGUCACCUGGCGCAUUCAUGACCACCAGGACUUCCUGCCCUAUUCCACAGAACCCUUCCAGGCCUGGACAGGCUUCUACACAUCCCGCAGUGCUCUCAAAGGCCUGGCACGGCGAGCCAAUGCCUUGUUGUAUGCUGGGGAGUCCAUGUUCACACGCUACAUUUGGCCAGCCCCCCUUGGGCCUCUGGACUUGAUCUGGGCCCUGCAGCAGCUCCAGCAGCUCCGCUGGGCAGUGUCUGAGGUCCAGCAUCACGACGCCAUCACUGGGACUGAGUCCCCCAAGGUGACAGAAAUGUACCUGGAACACCUGGCCUUCGGCAUGCAGGGGGUAGGCAAGCUCAUGGCCACCAUCGUCCUGGACGGGCCCCAGCCAGGGGCAGGGCGGGGAGCACCCUCCGCUGACUCAGGUGCGAGGCCUGCAGGACACUCUGUGGUGGUCUACAACCCACUGGCCUGGACGAUCACCACCAUCGUCACCCUGACCAUUGGCUUCCCCAGAGUCAGCGUCACAGACGAGUUGGGCCAUCCAGUUCCUGCACAGGUCCAGAACUCGACGAAGACCCCAUCGGCAUACACCCUGCAUAUCUUGACCACCAUCCCAGGCCUCAGUUACCGGUACUACAGCGUCAAGCCUUCAGCAGGGGCCCAGGACCCAGUCGCCACUGUGGCCAGUACCCUGCAGUUUGGCCGCAGGCCGAGGAGACAAGACAGUGGUGGGGGCAGGCGCCUGGUACCCGUGGAGAAUGACUGCUACACCGUGCUGCUUGACCAGGACACCAACCUGAUGCACAGUGUCCAGGAGAGACAGAGUAACCGAAGCGUGCAGGUGACCCAGGAGUUCCUGGAGUACCACGUCAAUGGUGACCUGAAACAGGGCCCCAUUUCUGACAACUACAUGUUCACAGCCAAGGAGCCCGCAGAGCCCGCGUGGGAGGCGGUGGGAAUGGAGAUUGUGGUGGGAACUCUGGUGACUGAGAUCCGGCAAUACUUCUACAGGAAUGUGACUGCCCAGGAUUACACAUACAUGAUUUACUCUCGGCUUGCCCACGUGCCACAGGGCCAGGAUGGGGAGCUGCUCUGCCACCGGAUAGAACAGGAGUACCAAGUGGGCCCCUUGGAGCUGAACAGAGAGGCCAUCCUGAGGACCAGCACUGAUCUAGACACCCAGCAGGUCCUCUACACAGACAAUAAUGGCUACCAGAUGCAGCGGAGGCCCUACCGAGCCUACGCGAACAACAGCAUUGCACGGAAUUACUAUCCCAUGGUUCAAUCGGCCUUCAUGGAGGACAGCAGAAGCAGGCUGGUGCUCUUGUCAGAGCGGGCCCACGGCAUCUCCAGCCAGGGGAACGGCCAGGUGGAGGUCAUGCUGCACCGGCGGCUGUGGAACAACCUGGACUGGGACCUGGCCUAUAACCUCACGCUGAACGACACUUCAGUCGUCCACCCGAUACUCUGGCUUCUGUUGGGACCCUGGUCAGUCACCACUGCCCUGCACAAGAGGAGUGGGCUGGCCCUGCAGCACAGGCCCAUAGUGCUGUUUGGAGAGCUGGCAGGAACUGCCCCCAAGCUCCCAGGACCCUGGAAGCAAGAGGCUGUGAUGCUGCCCCUGAAUCUUCACCUGCAGAUCCUGAGCAUCCCGGGCUGGAACUACAGCUCAAACCACACUGAGCAUGUGCAGAAUGUAAGGAAAGGCCAUCAAGGGAAGAGCCAUGCUGACCUCCGUCGCGUACUGCUGCGGCUCCACCACCUGUAUGAGGCAGACGAGGACCCAGUCCUAUCUCAGCCAGUGACAGUGGAUCUGGAGGCCGUGCUGCGGGGGCUGGGGCCCGUGGUGGCAGUGGAGGAGCGCUCACUCACAGGGACCUGGGAUGUGAGCACACUGCGCCGCUGGAGCUGGAGGACAGAGACUGGCCACCGCAAAGGCCGAUCUGCCUCUCCCUCAAGGCCACCAGGAGGCCUCACCAUCACUGUCCACCCGAAGGAAAUCCGGACGUUCUUCAUUCACUUCCGACAGCAAUGAGCCCUCGGCAGGUGCCGCUGGCCCCAGCGCUGCCCCAGGGACUGUGCGGAAUGGAACAGACCUGGACAUGGAAAAGCAACAUGGAGCAACUCCGGGUGGGAAUAAACUGCUAAUCCAGCAGGCUAAUGGCAGGAAAUGGCUGUAUUUGGGUUUUCUCUCGUAUUUUUUAAAUAUAACGUACACUUUAAGAUCCAGGUUCUUCCGUUCCUGAAUUUGA